GUCUCUGGAAAAUCGAAAGAGCCCGAAAUAGGAUAAAUCACAAGUUCGUAUAGCGCAACCCUCUUCGUCUAGGGUUUUGGCAUUCUCUCUUCCACAGGAGUCAGUCUAUAUUUAAAAAGAAUGGGUGAAACAGGGAAGCGGUUUCGUUCCCAGAGAGACCAAGAUGGUGACAACAAGAUUCAGAAAAGACGGGUAAAUGAAAGAGAUGAAAAGGGUAGUGAUGAAUUGAUAGUUUAUAGGAUACUGUGCCCAGAUGGGGUUAUUGGGAGUGUAAUUGGUAAAAGUGGGAAAGUUAUAAACUCAAUAAGACAAGAUACAAGGGCAAAGAUUAAGGUUGUAGAUCCAUUUCCAGGUGCCAAGGAUAGGGUUAUAACCAUCUAUUGCUAUGUUAAGGAGAAGGAAGAAGUUGAAGUUGACGAUGAAUUUAAUGACAAGCAGCCUCUAUGCCCUGCCCAGGAUGCCCUUCUUAAAGUGCAUGCUGCCAUUGUAAAUGCUGUAGCUUCACUUGAGAACUCUGACAAAAAAAAGAAAGAUAAGGAGGAAUGUCAAAUUCUUGUUCCAUCUAGUCAGUCUGCAAAUGUUAUUGGUAAGGCAGGUGCUACCAUAAAGAGACUGAGAAGCAAGACGAGAGCAAAUAUUAAGAUAACUGCCAAGGAUUCCACUGACCCCAGUCAUUCAUGUGCUAUGGAAUUUGACAACUUUGUUCUGAUAGCUGGUGAUUCGGAAGCAGUGAAGAAGGCACUGUUUGCAAUUUCUGCAAUCAUGUACAAGUUCACUCCUAGAGAAGAAAUUCCUCUUGACACAACUGUACCAGAAGCCCCUCCCAGCAUCAUUAUCCCUUCAGAUGUCCCGAUAUAUCCUGCUGGUGGAUUCUAUCCUAGUGCAGACUCUAUUGUGUCUGCUAGAUCUGUUCCUCCUGUCUUAGCUGCUACACAUGUACCAGAACUUCAGGGUUAUUCAGACAUGGGCAGUACAUGGCCAGUUUAUUCAUCUAACCUUCCUGUAGUUUCUGGUUAUGGAGCAUCACGAUCUGAGGAGUUAAUUAUAAGAGUUUUGUGCCCAUUUGACAAGAUUGGGCGUGUUAUUGGCAGGGGAGGGAGUUCCAUUAAAAGUGUAAGGGAGGCUAGUGGUGCACAUGUUGAGGUUGAUGACACCAAGGCUGAUCGUGAUGAGUGUCUCAUCACUGUCACUUCAACAGAGUCUGUCGAUGAUCUGAAAUCCAUGGCAGUUGAAGCUGUUUUAUUGCUGCAAGCUAAGAUAAAUGAUGAAGAUGACGACACUGUUGCUAUACGUCUUCUUGUUCCAUCAAAAAUUAUUGGGUGUAUUAUUGGGAAAAGUGGUUCAAUUAUUAAUGAAAUUAGGAAGAGAACUAGAGCUGAUGUUCGCAUCUCAAAGAGUGAGAGGCCCAAGUGUGCUGAUGCCAAUGAUGAACUUAUUGAGGUGGUUGGAGAAGUUGGUAGUGUGAGAGAUGCACUUGUUCAGAUUGUUCUGAGACUUCGGGAUGAUGCAUUGAAGGAUAGGGAUACUGGUCACAAUACUUCUGCAGGCACUGAUUCUUUAUACUCUGGUGGUGCGGGUCUAUCAGUUUCUUCUGUUUUGCCCUCUGCUCCCCCGGUUGCUCCAUUGAGCUAUGACCAAAGGGCUGAAACUGGAAGUGGCUUGGGCCUUCUUUCUUCAAGCAGCCUUUAUGGAUAUGGAUCUUUGUCAGUGGGGGAGAAUGCCUAUGGAUCAAUGUCCUCUUAUUCAUCAAAGCUUUAUGGAGGAUUGCCUACACCAUCGACCUUUGACAUGGUGAUCCCUGCAAAUGCAGUGGGCAAAGUUAUGGGCAAAGGUGGGGCAAAUAUAGCAAACAUUAGGAAGAUAUCAGGAGCAGUUAUAGAGAUUUCCGAUUCCAAGUCUUCCCGAGGUGAUCGCGUGGCCUUGAUAUCUGGUACACCUGAACAGAAACGCACAGCAGAAAAUUUGAUUCAGGCUUUUAUAAUGGCCACCUGAGUUUUGAGGCCACUUCUUGGUAUUUGAAGGUGAAUUCUAGUUGAAACCUUGGAGCUCUUCCUCAUGUUUCCUCAAUGUAGUUCCUUUAGGUUUGGUCCUGGAGAAGGCUUCUUAUUUCUAGGUUUCUUCUUCUACUGGACUGCUUCUGUUUCUUCCAAUACAGUGCUGGGAAGAUUCACAACUGGCUCUAUUUUCAGGGAAUAUAGGUUUCUGCCUGUGUUGUUUAAUCCAUUCAUCAUCUGCCGUUAUCUUAGACCUUAUUAGGACCUUUCUUUCCUUUCGUAGUAUUUUAUGAGCUCUUAAUCUUUGACUGUUGUGGAGCCCAUCUUAUUUCCAAUAUUGCUAUGAUAUAAAUUUGAUGUUCGUGGCCACAAGUAUUUUCGGUAAAGACCAUUAUUGGCAAAUUCACGGCGUAUAUAUUUAUGUUUUAUUUGUCUUGUCCCUCAAUCCUCUUGGUCUCAGCUUCUCUCUAGUGGAUCAUUCUAUCAAUAUGCACAAUGCAAUGUGGCUGGUGAUGAUCUCUUCUCAAUAUUAUCCUGGUACCUUUUAACCUUGCAGUUUAGUUUUAAGAAAGGACGACUCAUCUUCUGAAAUUAAAUUAAUCAAAAGCCACUCAGUGUGGCAUCAGGUUUUUCCCCUUUUUCCUUCUCAAGUCUGUAUCUUGUGUCUUGAUCUGUGCAUAUGAAGAGAUGAUCACUCUAAACUGAAUCAUGGAAAUGGCUGUAGUUUUUCCUGAAAACCACUUGAUUUCUGGCUUCUGCAGACUUUCCUGUCAGCAUUUUUGACAGUGAAGUUGAUUUCAUGUUUCUUACAAAAUUCAAUUCAUGAUCUUAAUCUUAAAAAAUUUUCAGGGUUAUUCCCUUAAUCCUUUUAAUCUUGCCCAAUUGUUAAUUGCCUGCAUCAGAAUUUGAUUGUUCGCUGCUGCUUUCUCGUGGAAAAUAAAGAUCUUUUUUUAAUCCUUGAUGGAAAUCACCUCAUCUGAGUUUUUAGGCUGCGGCAAUUGUGGAGGCAUGGUUGUUUUUUGAAACAGCAAUAGGAGUUAUCUAUUCCCAACCUCUGUCAUUGAAUUAUGGACUUCAUGUUGGCUUUGGUAUUAGGGAUAACAAGACCUGGAAAUGGUUCUUGUCUAUCUACAUUUUACACUAUCAGUAUCAUGGUGUUAAUGUAUUGAUAUUUUGGUGAUGCCAAGUUCACCAGAAUUUUGUUAUAAUUUCUGAAAGGAAAACUGCUCCCCCUCAAAUUGAAAUUUGACUUUCUAAGAACUAAUCUGUUAUCAAUGUCCCAUUCGUCUCAUAAUAUUCAAGUAUAUGUUAAUAUGAUUACGUUAUUCGCUUCAUCCAACUGCAUUUCCUGCUCCUGUUGAUGAUUUCAUUAGCGGUUGAAACUGACCCUAUGUUAUCAGUUCAAAUGGAGAUUCAAAUGGUUGGCAGUAGUAUGCUUACCAUGUUCAAACUUGAUUUCCAGUUCUGAUGAUUUGUUUUUGUGGUAUGAUAUCUUGACAUCUGUUUUACUUUGGGAGGCACUCUUGGCUUUCUUUUCACGCUCUAUGUACGUGGUCGAUACCUUAUGCUAACAAAUGAAGUUGGAAAUCAAACUGCUCAUUCUUUUCACUACUCAGCUCCUUAGGGAGAUUGCUAUUGUAGCACCUUGUUACCCCAUUUAGUUAGAGCUUGGUUACAGUUAUUCUGUUUUACGUUAGUCUCUGAUAUUCUUCAUUUACAUCGUGUCUCUCCAUUCAUAGGCACUUUCAACUUGUACUGAUCUCUUGUGGCUGGUGCUAUCAUAUCCUCUCCUUUGUAAUGUAGUUAUAAGUUCAUUAUUGGAAUGUGUGUCCGGACAAUCAAUUAGACCCAAUGCCCAGAUGUUUGGGGGAGAUACCACCUGAGCUAGGUAGCCAUGGUAGUUCUGUUGGCUGAUAGGGGAUUUGGUUUGGUUUGGUUUGUGAUAUAGAGGGUAAUGGUAGGGUUGGGUAUUGCCUUUUUGUGUAGUGUUGAUGCACAGCAGUAUUGAUUGGGUUGGGUUGGGUAAUGUAUUAUUGUGGAAUGUUAAUAUAGUGGAAGGAUGUAUGAACAUGAUUAUAGCUCCGAAUGAUAAUUGGAGUCCAGGGCCUCUGGUGCUGCUCUAUGUGGUGAUGAAUGAGCAACUGCUUGAAAGGUUUAUCUUUUGGCUAGAGGACAUUUUUUUUUUUUUUUUUGGGAUGACAUUGUAAAUCUGUACUCUCUGUUUUUGCUUAUGAUGGUUACUGUAUUGCUUGUCAUGAGCAUUGUAGAAUUGACUUACUGUAUGGAAUUUUUGUAAUGUAAUAACAAAGGAGUUUGUUUCCUUGAUGUUUU